UUUUUAUUACUAAUGCUAUUACUUCUUGUGUUAUUGCAACUAUUCCCAACACUAUUGUCACCACAAACAAAAAGCUUGUUGUUUUGUCCCCUGUUAGCUGUGAUCAACCAAGCCUGUGAUCAACCAAGCCUGUGAUCAACCAAGCCUGUGAUCAAAGGUGUUCCGGCUGUGAUCAUCCUUCCUUUUUUGUAACCAUUGUUUAAUGGUCAUCAUUAGAUCAUCAUUGUGCCUCCACAUUUUUUUUUCUUUUAAGCCAAUAGGAUGUGAUUUGAGAAGACUCGGUUGCUAGUUCUACCAGAUCAAACACUUACAAAAAGGCUUCAUCAUUACACUUGUAUUUAAUUGGCAUAUCAAUUAGUGCUACAGAUAAAUUUUAUAAUUCUUGAAGAAAAAAGAAAACUGGUCUCAGAUCAAGAAUGAAAGGUUUAGGGUUGUUGCCAAAUAAAAUUCCAGUUUAAAGGUUUGUCCUGAUUUCAUCCAACUGGUUUAUUUUAACCAAUACUUCCAGGCCAUUUUAAUUCACUUGCCCCACUAAUAAUCUUGAGAAAAUUUUCAACACGCAGUUUCAUUUACUAUCCUUUUACAGAUAUAAUGACUUUCUCUAUAUGUAAUAGAAAAAAAAAAACCCCACAGUAUUUGCACAAAUAACUAACCUUUUGACACCAACCCACCCAAGACUGUCCUUCAUUUCAGUAAUUUUAAAACAAACUUCUUGUUUUAAAAUUACUGAAAUUAGAAUUAUCAAAAUUUCUUGUUAAUUUAUGUUUGAAACAUAAUGACAGAGGUUUUAAUAAAUUAAUUUCAAAGUUAAUUGAAACAAAGGCAGUAUAUUUCAGCAGAAAUAUGGUAACAAAGGUUUUCUAUAAGCAUGAUAAAAAAUGGUGAUUUGGAGGCGAAAUACAUGAGAUGCUGUAUUGCAUUGUUCGAAUGUUGCCAUUCACUCUAUUAUAUGUUAGUCAAGGCACAUUAUUUUCCCUUAUUUUUUUCAACCUUGUUUAUGAUUGAACAGAUAGAAUUAGAAAAAGCCAUCCAACUGUAAAUCAUCUGUUUCUAUAAUUUAUAUCAAUGAAGAAAGAGAAUUAGCUUUAGAAUUUCAAAUCUUCUUGGUCAGUCCUAGUUAGUAUUAGUGAGGCUUGGAUAGUUGUUCAAUCAUUAACCCUUUUGUUACCAUGUCCUUUGUUUCAUUUAAGUUUGAAAAUAAUGAAGAAUUGGAAUAAAAUAACUUUGUCACUGUUUAGCUGAUAUUUGGAACAUAAAUUAAUAUGAAACUUGAUGGAAAGUUUUUAAUUUAGAUCACUUUUAAACAGUUUGUAUCAUAGAACCAACGAAGGUCUCAGGAAGUUGGUAUCAAAAUUUCAAUGAUGUCAUCUGGAAUUUAGUGUGGUUAAGUAAAAAGUGACUGGAUGGUCAUGGCUGGGAUACCUUUGAACAUAAAUCUCCUUAACCCUUUUGCUAUCAUAUUUAUAUUGAAAUGCAUUAUUGCCUUGUUUCAAUAUGGAAAUUAAUGAAGAAUUUAGUAAAAAUAACUCUGUCCUUAUUAAGUUGAUAUUUGAAGCAUAAAUUGAUAUGGAAUUUUAAUGGAAGGUAUUGAGCAUCAAAACUCUAAUUAGAAAUAAUUAUCCAGUGAGGAAUGUGGUAGCAAAUUGGCUGAGUCAGCAGAACAUCAGCUACAUUGUCUGGCAGUAUUUAUUCCGGCUUCCUGCAUUCAGCUUGUGGAAGACGGUAAAGUAAAAGUCAACUAAAUCACCCCUUAAUUCGUGACUGGGGAUUAUUUUAUUAUAUUUAACUUAGACUAUAAAGCGAUAUAACUAAGUACCACAACACAUUCUGUUCAAUAAGAGCUGACAUAGGACUAAACAACAAGUCAUUGGCCUGGCAUCAGUUAUUAAUGCUGGGCAAGGUGGACUUUUUUUCUCUUCUUUGUAGACAACUCUUGGAUGAUUCACAGCAAUCUGGAAGAAGGAGAUGAGUCGAUUACAUCGACCCCUCCCCCAUACACACACACGUAUUCAGCUGAUACUUAAUUUAUCAACUUCACCAGAAUUUGAACUCAGAAUGUAGUGGCAAAUGAAAUACUGCUAAGCAUUUUGUCCAGCAUGCUAACUGUUCUGCCAGUUUGCUGCUGCCAUAAUAAUAAUAAUAAUAAUAAUAACAACAACAAUGGUUUUUUUUUUAUUUAGGCCCAAAGCGAAUGAUUUUGAGUGUAGAGGGAGUAGGCAAAACCAUUAACCCCAGUACUUGAAUUUAUUUUAUCAGCCCCAGAGAGAUGAAAGUUGACCUUGGCAAGAUUUGAACUUGGAAAGUAGAAAAUAAUUUUUCCUGAUACACUAACAUUUCUGCUAGCUCAACAACUCAGAUAAUAAUUGUUAUAAUCAUAAUAAUAAUUUCAAAUUUUGACACAGGGGCAGCAAUUUUGAGGGAGGGAGGGGUAAGUCAAAUGCAUCACCCUUAGUGCUUAACUGCUGCAAUUAAGUACCAAAAGAAUGAAAGACAAAGUCAAUCCUGGUGACAUUUGAAUGUAAAAAGUGAGAAAUACUACUAAACAUUUUGUCCGAUGUGUUAAAGAUUCUGCCUGUUUACACCCUAAUAAUAAUAAUAAUGAUAAUAAUAAUAAUAUAUUCAGUAAUCAUUGUGAUCAAUUUGGUAUGGCGUCAGCUUUUUGGCUGGGAAGUUUAGUGUUCUAUGUUAUAUCCUUCAGUCAGAGCUGUAUCUCGCAACCAACUUUAGCUGUCAACAAUGCAAGUAAGACUGGUAGGAAAAUAAUUUGGUUGCAGGGUACCAAAAUAAUUGGCAAUUAUCGUUGUCCAAUUUAUAGCUUUGUAUUGUCCAGUUCAGAUCUUUUUUCCUUUUCAUUACUUGUGAACAAAUGAUCGAGUGAAUGAAUGAAUGAAUGAAUGGAGAAGGAAUGUAUUUUUUUUUUUUUUUGCUUCCUGAAACAGAAAUGAAAAUUUUAAUUAGAAUAUGAUGAUAAUUAUUAAUCAGUAUAUCAGCAUGGUUGUUUUCGUUGUCGAGUUGGUUGUUGUGUAAUAAGUCAAAACUUCAGGAAAUUUCAAACUGGCCACUUUAAUUGAGCCUGUUGAGUUGUGUUUAUUACAUUAUUGGUGAGUAGCUGUAACAACGAAUGUGUAACCAACCCCUCAUAGGUAGGCCUCCACAAAUAACCAGAUAGCUGCAUCACUGCCAUAUUGAUUAAGCUAUUGACGUUAAAUGUCUCUCUUGUUUCUUCUUUCUCUCUCUCUCUCUCUCUCUCUCUCUCUCUGUCUCUCUAUCUCUGUUAAUCUCCGGUGAAUAGAUUUCUGGUGAUUGCUUAGCAUGAAGAGAGAAAAACAAAUAUAUCAACUACGUAAUACAAUGUUAAGAUCUACCCAGUGUAGACUAAUAUAGACUAAUAUAUACAUAUAUAUAUAUUCAUAUAUUUAUAUUUAUUUUACAACAGCCGGCCUGCUCGGCUAUUACACACAUCUAUGAAUCUAGUGUUUCUUUGUCUGUCAAUGUUUCUUUCUUUCCUAUAGCUUCUAGAAAUAUCUAUAUUCUUCAAGUGAAAGUGAAUCUUCAAUAUUUAUUUUAGAAUUUCUGAAAUAUUAUUUAUUGUUUCUUCCUUUUCUUUAACUGUCUUGGAAAUGAAAACAGAACUAUCCUUUACAAGUGAUUUUAAAAAUAUUCUUGGAAAAAACCAAUCGCUGUUCUAUAAUAGUGAUUGACUGGUAAUGUUAUGUAUUUUCUCUCCGUUAUUACCAACAUUUAACAUCAGUUUUUUCCACAAAAUAUUUUUCCAUGUCUGUUAAAUAUCGACAUUUCCAAAACCUGUCAGUUAUGCAUUUUUUCCUAGUUGAAUAUUUAUUUAUAUAUUUGAAACACAUAUGGGAUAAGAAAAUGUAUUUUGGUUAAUUUGCAUAACACAUGCAAAUUUUUUUUUUAAAAUCUUCUUUUAAUCAAAUUAUCAAUUUAAAACAAAAUAAAACAAAAAAGAAAACAAUAACAAAUGUCCAGAUCAUCUUUCUGGAAAGUCCUUAAACAAGCUCGGUCUCUUAGUCCAAGACCAAUCUCCAAAGCUGCUUCUAAAACUGAAGAAACUAAAGAAUCUGAUAACACUACUAAUUAUAUUCCGAUAUGGAGAUCCAACAAUUUGGACCAACAUCACCUCUUGCCUUCUUCACAAACGCUGGGACCUUUACACCGUUGUGAUGAGUGUGGAUCUCUUAGUUAUUGUGAUCAUAAAAUGUGCCAAAUUAGUCCGACAAUAAAAGUCAACCCCUGGAAGACUUUACAGCCAUAUGUUACCUUUAAAAGUUGCUGCCAGAGUUUGAUAUCUGAUGUUGUUGUGCCUGGCCAGCCUGAAAACCUUACUGCUAAAGAAGCUCUUCUCCUAUGGAGUCGCCGAACAACAGAGGGCUAUCCUGGUAUUAAAGUUACAGACUUCUCUACAAGCUGGCGGGAUGGCAAAGCCUUCCUUUCCAUAAUUCACAGACACAGACCUGACUUGGUUGAUUAUAGGCAGGUGCGAAGAAAUACUCCACGACAGAAUCUAAAUUUGGCUUUUAACAUUGCUGAAUCUGAAUUUGGCGUUACGAAAUUGCUGGAUGCAGAAGGUAAAUUCUUAUUUUCCUUAAAAUAUUUAUUUCUUAAUUUCGAAAGUUGUCGAUGGAUAUGGAUAUGGAUAUGGAACCAAUUUUUGUAGAGAAUAGUUACAGUCUUAUUUG